AUGAAGAAACAAAACGUCCGGACCUUGUCGCUCAUCCUCUGCAUGCUCUCCUACUUGCUGGUAGGCGCCGCCGUCUUUGACGCGCUUGAGUCGGAGACGGAAAGCGCCCGCAGGCGCUACUUGGAGCAGAAGCGCAACGAGAUGAAAAAGAAGUACUUCUUCUCCGAGGACGACUACCGAGAUAUCGAGCGGGUGGUACUGCAAGCGGUGCCCCAUCGAGCCGGGAGACAGUGGAAAUUUGCCGGUUCUUUUUACUUCGCGAUUACAGUAAUCACCACCAUCGGUUACGGUCACGCAGCACCAAGCACAGACGCAGGAAAGGUGUUCUGCAUGUUCUACGCAGUCCUGGGAAUUCCUCUGACUUUGGUCAUGUUCCAGAGCCUGGGAGAGAGGAUGAACACAUUUGUGCGCUAUCUCCUCCAGAAGACCAAGAAGUGCCUGGGCUUUAAAAAUACAGCGGUGUCCAUGGAGAACAUGGUUAUCGUGGGAUUCUUGUCUUGUAUUGGUACACUGUGCGUGGGGGCUGCCGCUUUUGCUCACUUUGAGGGAUGGAGCUUCUUCCACGCUUACUACUACUGCUUCAUCACCCUCACUACGAUCGGCUUCGGAGACUUUGUGGCUUUGCAGAAAAAGGAGGACCUCCAGGAGAAAACCUUCUAUGCGGUUUUUAGCUUCAUGUACAUCCUGGUAGGACUUACAGUCAUAGGGGCCUUCCUGAACUUAGUGGUGCUCCGCUUCCUCACCAUGAACAGUGAAGACGAACGCAGAGAUGCUCAACAGAGGGCAUCCCUGAAGAGAGACAGAGGCCUUUUAGAUGGAGCUUCCCACCUUCAUGCUAUGGGCGAGCGCAGCAGGAACGACUGCAGGGAAAGGCACAGUUACAACGCAGCGUACAGUCACAGCCAGAGUCCGCUGUUUGUGCCAAUGGAGGGGGGAACGAGUCGGACCAACCUGAUCGGCUCGUCGGCGGACAACCACGAGCGAGGGGGAAGCCCCUGCAGACUGCGCUUGGAGGUGACGCCGGACGGAUGCAAGCCGGAGUCGAGCCUCAGCUCGCUCUGCUCCUGUGUGUGCUUCCCCAUGGACAUUUGCGAUAGCCCCAGCAGUCAAUGCAAAAGCAACCAUGUCAGAUCUGUCUACUACAACUCAGUCUCCUAUAGGAUCCACAGCAGCUCCCCGGGCUCCAGGAACAAUACAGGACUGUCUUCCCCAGGAGCAACGCACUCACCAGGGCGUAGCUUCCAGGGGUUCCCUCGAACAAGGAGAAUGUCAGUGUGAAGGACGAUUUAUAAGCGCGUUUGCUCAUACAAGCGAUUUUGUUGAUAAAGCACA